UGCAAAAGACAUCAAAUUAAAUCAAGUUCAAAUAUUCCCUGUGUUCCCAAAGACUUACUGAUGAUGUCUGAAUUUGUUCUUCCAAGAUUUAUUUUUUGUCUUAUUCAGUACUUAAGAGAAGGCUAUAAUGAACCAGCAGCUGAUGUGCCAUCAGAAAAAGAUCUUAACAAAGUCCUUCAGUUAUUGGAACCUCAAAUUUCCUUUUUAGAAGAUCUAACUAAAAUGGGAGGAGCAAUGCGGUCUGUUCUUACUCAGGUUUUGACAAACCAGCAAAACUACAAAGAUCUGACAUCUGGUCUUGGAGAAAAUGCCUGUGCAAAGAAAAGUCAGGAGAAGUACCUUAUAGCUUUGAAGAGCUCUGGACUUACAUAUCCUGAGGAUAAGCUUGUAUAUGGUAUACAGGAGCCAUCUGCUGGUACUAGCACUCUGGCAGUUCAAGGUUUUGCAGGUGCAGCAGGAACAUUGGGACAACUAGAUUCUUCAGAUGAGGUGAGGUUUAAAAUAUAAAACUUUUAAGCAAUAGAAUUUAAAAGCUUUUAGAACUAUGCAGAUUCUUGA